AUGGCACUAAUGUGGCUCUGGACAAUUCUGGUAUUGUUACUGGUUACAAAAGGUUCCUCAACCCAAUGUACAUCUGUACAAUGUGGGUGGAAAGCACAAUGUGUUAACUCUUCAUGUGUCUGUAAACUAUCUGGUUUCCACUUGCACAGCAACAAAAGAGACUGUGAGAACCAUACAUGCAUUAUUAAAAAUUGUCUGGAAUGCACUUCUGAAAAAAAAUGUUCCAGAUGUGUCAACUUUAUUGAUGAGGCUAGCCAUGAAUGUUUGGAUACAUGUACUGGUGUUUCAAGGAUUGUUGAAGAAGGCCCAAUUCAAGGGAAUCUGUGUAACUUGACCCCUUUGAAUGAAAGUUUAUGGAUUGGACUUGGGGCUGGUUCUGCUGCUGGCAUCUUCCUUUGUAUUGUGAUUCUUCUUAUUUUAUGGUCCUGUCAAACAAAGAAAAAAAUGGGCCAUAUUGAUUUUGUAGAAGAAACUUCAAAAAAUACAAAUUUGCCAAAUGAAAAGAUUAGAAAGAUUCCAGUUUUUGACAAUAAAGGAUAUGAAACUGAAGAUGUAAUUGUUGAAAAUAAUGUUAUCGAUGAACAUCUCUUCCUUUUUGAAUUGGAAAAUAUGCGUAUACAUAAAACUACACUGGAGGAGUUACUUAGUCAAGUACGAACUCGUUUAAGAGCAAUGGACUGUGAGGAUACCAGAGUACCUACCUACAAAGGUGUAAUCCAUCAGCUAUGCAGAGUACUUGGCUUACUGAACAAGGAGAAUACAUCUAAUCCUCCAUCUGAUGCUCUUGGUUUGCUUGAAUGGGCAAAACAAAUGCUAAAUGACUACUAUGAGCUGCAGCAGCAAGAUGUAUCUAGUGCACCAGAACUAACUCGCACACCUAUAUCCAGUGUGGAUGUUCAACCAAUUUAUGCUAUUCCCCAUGACAGCUGUCAUCUAAACAAUGUCAGCCAUAAUCCUCAUGGUAGUCUAAGAGGCAGUAGAGGAGGCAGUGCUAAGGUCUCUCCCAACAAGAUGAGCCUGAAUGGUGGCACUGCAGACAGUGGCUACUAUAGCAGUGUACCAGUACCCUACUAUAAAGGGAACAGACCAGGUAGCAAACCUCCUUUGCCACUAAAAAGAAGCCGGCAUAACAACAACAAUAACAAUAACAACAACAACAACAACAACAAUAAUAAUGGUUACUAUAAGAAAGAGAAACGUUCUAAUGGCUUCUACAGUUCUAAUGAUAUUUAUACUUGCACAAGUUCUUACAGUGAGAGGAGUGGCAAAUGUAUGUCCACUUUCAUAAGAGAUGAUAUUUCGAACGUCAGUGAAUGUUCGGAAAGAAGUUUCAGUUCUGCUCCUGAUGGACUUCCAUUUGAUAUGAAAGAUGCCACUGAACCCAUUGAAGUAUAA